AUGACCUGGACAGAGUAUGGCGGCUAUCUCGACAUGAUGGACUAUGACUUUUACAAUCGAUAUCACCGCCGUGCGUCCUUCGUGAAUGUCGCCCGAUUGCGUGGCUUCGAGGCCGAGAUAUGGUGGCUGGCGGCAGAGUGGCGCUGGUCCCGCUGCGACUCGGAAAUCGAGGCGGAGCUUGAGAAAAUCGAAGUGGCCAACUCGUUCUCUCUUCCAUCCUUCCUGAACGCAGAGGCCAUCGCCAAGCAUCUCGUGGUCCUAUUUAGCAUUCCCUGUGACCCGGGAUCCUGCCUUCAGCGCUUGUUGUGCGACUUUCCGUCUUUGUCUCGAUUCGUCGGCCUUGUUGAAGAAAGGCUGCCUGGCACAUGGCCGGACUAUUCCACCUUCAUGCUGGCGCUGCCUCCCGAAGAUCGCCCGCCGCCUCCGCCCCAAAGUCAGGGAAGUGUGCUGGUGGGCCCCGUUGAGAAGAGGAGACCGGAAUGGUGGGAGCUCUGGGGCUGGUCCUGGGGAGGUCGCAAACGUCCCGUGCAGUUUGGCGGACCAGGAAAGGCACCACCUGCCAUCUAUGCCAUCUGCUUCGGAAUGGCAUCCGGCCUUUCGUUUGCCGUGGCCCUGGCGUGUGGACUUGGUCCUGGAAGUCCACCCGUCCGACGCUCGUCAAGGUGUUGCAGAGGAGUUGGAGCCACAUUGGCUGGCUCUGCAUUUCUCUCGCCGCGAUAUGUUGCGCCAUCGGUUUAG